AUGCCUAUUAGCUAUUAUACCCCGGAGAGUACACGUCGACGAUGGGUAUUUUGCAGAAUAAACUACAUAGUCGUGGGUCGUUUUGGCUGGUUAAAUCAGUCAAUAACUUGUUUUACCAGAAUACCGAAGGACAUACGUGUCUACUAUCAUUGGGUUGUUUGUUUAACAUCCUAUACGAAGAAAACGAAAAUGUUUCCUGGAUUUAUCCAAGCAGCACUUCUAACCGUGUUGGUUAUUCUUACUCAAACAACUAAACAAAUUCAUUGUCACGAUUCAUCAGCAAAUGUUGACGAAAGCAGUGUACUUACACUCACUAAAGAUACAUUCGAUGAUGCUGUGAAAAAUAACAAAUUCUUACUUGUGAAAUUUGUUGCACCAUGGUGUGGACAUUGCAAAGCCUUAACACCUGCGUAUGCUGCAGCUGCUAAACAAUUAGCAGACUCUGGUAGUGAAAUCAAAUUAGCUAGUGUUGAUGCUACAGUCGAACAAGAUCUCGGCAAACGAUUCGAAGUUCGUGGUUACCCAACACUCAAAUUCUUCGUUGAUGGCACAACACUUGAAUAUACCGGUGGCCGAUCCCAAGAAGAAAUCGUCAGUUGGUUAAAGAAGAAAACUGGACCACCAGCCGAUGAUUUGAAGACAGUUGAAGAUCUUAAUAAAUUGAAAGAAGCCGCUGAUGUUGUUGUUAUUGGUGCAUUCAAGGAUACUGAUGGUAAUGCAGCUGCUUCGUUUCUUCAAGUUGCAAAAACUGUUGAUGGUAUUCCAUUUGGUAUUACAUCAAACAAAGAUGUUCUUAAAGAACUCGGAGUUAGCGAUGAUGCUAUCGUUCUUUUGAAAAAAUUCGAUGAAGGCCGCAAUGAUCUUACAUCAUCCAUCGAUGAAGCUUCCAUUCGUGAAUUCAUUCAAUCCAACCAACUUCCACUCGUUGUCGACUUCAAUCCUCAAACAGCUCAAAAGAUCUUCGGUGGUGAUAUUAAAGUUCAUACUCUCUUUUUCGGUAGCAAGAAAAGUGAUGAUUACGAAAAACUUCGAGGAGAAUUCCAAACCGCUGCCAAAGACUUCCGUGGAAAGACACUUUUCGUUUUCGUCGACAGUGAUGAUGAAGAAAAUGAACGUGUUCUCGAAUUCUUCGGUCUUAAAGCAACUGAAGUUCCAGCUGUUCGUUUGAUCACAUUGAAAGAUGAAAUGAGCAAAUUCAAACCUGAAUCAUCCGAGAUCACAUCCAAUGUUCUUACCACAUUCGUCAAAUCAUUCUUCGACGGUACACUCAAACCACAUUUACUCUCUCAAGAAAUUCCUGAAGAUUGGGACAAAACACCAGUUAAAGUUUUGGUCGGCAAAAACUUCCACUCAGUCGCAAAUGAUAAGAGUAAGACUGUUCUCGUCGCUUUCGUUGCACCAUGGUGUGGACAUUGCAAACAAUUAACACCAAUCUACGAACAAUUAGGUGAAAAAUACAAAGACAGUAACGAUGUUGUUAUCGCCAAAAUGGAUGCUACAGCUAAUGAACUCGAAGAUAUCAAAGUUCAAAGCUUCCCAACAAUUAAACUUUUCCCCAAGAACUCAGAUGAAGUUGUUGAUUACAACGGUGCGCGAACAGUUGAAGCUCUCGUCAGCUUUAUUGACUCAGAUGGUAAAGAUGGUGGAAAAGCUCCAACUACUGAAGAGCCUGCCGAACAACAACAAGGAGAGGAAGCUGAAGAAGAAGAAGAAGAACCAGUUCACGAAGAUCUCUAA